AUGGAAAGAAGAGUUGACUAUGCUUAUCCUUCUCAUUCUUUUGUCUUGAUGAUUAUUUUCUUAUUUCCUUUAUUAUUCCUGAUUGAUGAGAGUGUAAAGGCAAAAGAAGUUGUGAAGGCAAAUAACCUAUCUGACACAGUCAUUGUUUUGCAUGGACGCAUUGAGGAUGUCGAAAUUAAUGAAGAGGUUGAUGUUAUAGUUUCAGAGUGGAUGGGUUACAUGCUUCUGUAUGAGAGCAUGUUGGGGAGUGUAAUUACUGCCAGAGACCGUUGGCUAAAGCCUGGGGGUCUCAUCAUUCCUUCAAAUGCUACGUUGUACAUGGCACCUGUCACUCAUUCCGACCGAUACAGUGAAAGCAUUGAUUUCUGGCGCAAUGUCUAUGGAAUUGAUAUGUCUGCUAUGCUGUCUCUAGCAAAACAGUGUGCAUUUGAAGAGCCAUCUGUAGAGACAAUUACCGGUGAAAAUGUCCUGACGUGGCCACAUGUGAAGCAUGCCACUUUCUUUGCUUUGUUAUUUGAGAUUGCUGUUUUCCUUGCUGAAUUGACAAUUGCUGGAGGGAAUAGAAAACCAAAGAGCGGAGAAUAUGAUAACAAAUUGUUACUUUCUUCUGGAGAUAAAAGGAAACAACUCAGACGUUAG